UUCAGAUGCUUCCAGUACCAGGAGGACAUGGGCCCGCGGGCGUCCCUGGGCCGGCUCCGCGAGCUCUGCGGCCACUGGCUGCGGCCGGCCCUGCACACCAAGAAGCAGAUGUUGGAGCUGCUGGUGCUCGAGCAGUUCCUGAGCGUGCUGCCGCCGCACCUGCUGGGCCGGCUGCAGGGGCAGCCGCUCCGCGACGGCGAGGAGGUCGUGCUGCUGCUCGAGGGCGUGAGCCUGGAGGCCGGCAGCGCGGGGCCGCUGGAUUUUAGCUUCAACACCGGCAAGAAUUACCCCAGUACAGAUGUCACCGCAGAGGACCAAGGGGGCCCUGCCCAGGUGCCCAGCCACAUCCCCAAAGAGGAAGUACCCUCCGAAGAGGCUCCAGGUCCAGAUGCCACCCAGCCAGGAGCCACCAAGCCUUUGGAGCCAGGCACCUGGGUACUCAGCCCAAGUCCAAAGCAGCCACAGAGCCCUAGUCCCAAAAGAACCUUCCAGACUCUGCAAGAAAUUGCUACACAGGGCCCCGUGGUAUGGCCAGAGAAUUCCCAGGAUCAAGAAUUGGCGGCUGUGUUGGAAUCCUUGACCUUUGAAGACGUCCCUGCCAAGAAGGCGUGGCCUGUGCACCCUCUAGGAUUGGAAAGCAGGACUCCAAACAAAGAGGAAUUUAAACUAGGAGAGCCCAGAGGGGCUGCCUGGGGCCCUGCCGUCUCAGGAGAGUUGAGCACAGCCAGUCCUGGCCAGGCGGAAGACCCCCAGGACCAGAAGGCCGGCCAGAGCCCUGCGGUGGGCGACACCGGUGGCCAGGAUUCCCCUCCUGGCAGGACUGAGGUGGUGGAGGCCCCGGCAGCCGGCGGGCCCCCCAAGCCCGAGCCGAACGUGCGGCUCAUCUGCACCGAGUGCGGCACGAGCUUCGCGCACCUGUCGCUCCUGGAGGCGCACCGCCUGCGCUCGCACGGCGGCGGGCGCACCUUCGCGUGCCUGUGCUGCGGCAAGCGCUUUGGCCGCAGCUCCGUGCUCAAGCUGCACAUGCGCACGCACACGGAUGAGCGCCCGCACCCCUGCCACCUGUGCGGCCACCGCUUCCGCCAGAGCUCACACCUGAGCAAGCACCUGCAGACGCACGCGGAGCCCGCCUUCCUGUGUGCGGAGUGCGGCCAGGGCUUCCAGCGGCGGGCCAGCCUCCUGAAGCACCUGCUGGCGCACGCGCAGGACCAGAACCAGGCCCAGAAGCCACCCUGCGGCCCUGCCGAGCCCAAGGCCGAGGCGCAGCCGCCGGCGCCGGAGCUCACCGUGGUCCUGUGCUCACACUGCGGCCACACCUUCCAGCGCCGCUCCAGCCUCAAGCGCCACCUGCACAUCCACGCCAAGGACAAGGGCCACCAGUGCACCGAGUGCGCCAGCAGCGCCCAGCCGGCCCCCGAGCGCAGGCCCUACGUGUGCGACAUUUGCAGCAAGGCGUUCCGGCGCAGCGAGCACCUGGUGGCCCACCGGCGCGUGCACACGGGCGAGCGGCCCUUCUCCUGCCAGGCCUGCGGCCGCCGCUUCAGCCAGAGCUCCCAGCUGGCCAGCCACCAGCGCGUGCACACGGGCGAGAAGCCCUACGCCUGCUCGCAGUGCGGGAAGCGCUUCGUGCGGCGCGCAGGCCUGGCCCGCCACCUGCUGACUCACGGCGGCCCGCGGCCCUACCACUGCGCCCAGUGCGGCAAGAGCUUCAGCCAGACGCAGGACCUCACCCGCCACCGGCGAAGCCACACGGGCGAGAAGCCCUGCUGCUGCAGCGAGUGCGGCGAACGCUUCAGCCAGAGCGCGCACCUGGCCCGCCACCGGCGCAUCCACACCGGGGAGAAGCCCCACGCCUGUGACACCUGCGGCCACCGCUUCCGGAACAGCUCCAACCUGACCCGCCACCGCCGCAGCCACACGGGCGAGCGGCCCUACAGCUGCCCCACGUGCGACCGGAGCUUCCGGCGCAACGCGCACCUGCAGCGGCACCUGGCCACCCACCUGGGGGCGGGGGGGGAGGAGGCGGCGGCCGCGGCACCGCCGCCGGCAGAGGUUCCCCAGGAGUGCGUGGAGUGUGGCAAGAGCUUCAGCCGCAGCUGCAACCUGCAACGUCACAGGCUGGUGCACACCGGCGCCAGGCCCUACUCCUGCCCACAGUGCGGCCGCAGCUUCAGCCGUAACUCCCACCUCAUGCGUCACCUGCGGACCCACGCUCGCGAGAUCCUGUACUAG